AUGUAUGUGAAAUGGUUUGAUACAGUAAUGUUUUACUAUGUGAUUUUAGUGAAUGUCACUUUUUGUCAUUUUUUCAAAUUUCCCGCCGUUCCGUCCCCGUACAUCCCGACGUCGCAGGGAACGGAACUCAGGAGACAGAUUCCGGCAUCCGCCGGAGGACAUUACAGGGGACACUGCAGGAGGGACAUCGCGGGAGCGCAGGACAAGGUAAGAGAAGAACAGAUCCCGGAGCAGCGCCGCAUGGUAUUCCCGAGUGUAGCUCGGGGUUAGCGCUUGUGCUACACUUGGGAAUACCGCCAGGGAGGCUACG